AUGCGCUCGACCCGAUCGACCCGGCUGGCCGCGGCGUUCUUCUUGGGUUUCGUUCCCUUUACCGCUGCUGCACUAUACGAUAUAGUGAUUGAGACCAAUUACGGCAAGAUCCAGGGCUAUCCAGCCUUCAACAGCGCCCCCAGAGGAAACCUGACCAACUGGAGGGACAUUACCCCAGCAAGCCCAUGGAAUACUACCCUUGACGCCAAGUCUUUUGGCAAUAUCUGUCCCUCCGCCACCAGUGGUGGUAACGGGUACACCAUUGACGAGGACAGCCUGAAUCUGAACAUCUGGAGCGCAGCAAACUCAACUGAUGCCAAUCUCCCUGUUGUUCUGUGGAGCUAUCCUGCCAUGUCGACUGCCGCGGACGCUUUAUUUGAUGGCGGUGGCAUGGCAGAUAAAGGCGUUGUCUACGUCAAUUACAAUUACCGCACUGGCUCACUUGACUGGCUGGCACACCCCGAACUGAAUGAAGAAUUUGCUGCAGUGACUGGUUCCAACAGCUCCGGAAAUUGGGGCAUGCUUGAUCAGUUCGCUGCCUUGAAGUGGGUUCAUGCAAACAUCGCCGCGUUCGGGGGCGAUCCGGACAGCAUCACAGUUAUGGGUCAAUCAGCCGGUUCAGCAGCAACCCAGCACAUGCUCAACAGCCCGCUAACCAAGGGCCUUAUUGCGGGGGCCAUCAUUGAGAGUGGUGUUCGCGACCCCCAUGAUCCCCUCUGCACCAGUCUGGCAGAGGGCUACAAUACGCUCGAGAAUGCAGUCUCGCAGGGACUCAAUUACACUGCCAGCAAAAAUGUGAGCACCAUUGCAGAGAUGCGUCAGCUCCCAAUGGACGACCUUAUCGAGUCCCUUCAAACCUUUGGAAGCUCUAGCGAGUGGAGCUUCACCGCAACUCUCGAUUAUUAUGCCAUGCCUGAUACCUACUACAACACCUUGAUCAAGGGUGCUGCCAAUGACGUGCCAAUUAUCACCGGUAAUACUAAGGACGAGAGUGGUGCUAGCUACGGUCUGAACAUCUCUGUUUCAGAAUACCAUGAAGACCUGAAGGAAACCUAUAGUGGCAACUGGUCGACCGAAUUCCUUGCCCUGUACUCGGCCAGCAACUCGACGCGCGCAUCGGGUGCUUACAACUCUCAGUUUACUGAUCGGUCCAAGGUUGGCACCUGGCUCUGGGCAGAGCUCUGGGCCACUACCGCAGAAAGCCCUGUCUACACUUACAUCUGGGACCAUGCGCCUCCAGGACAAGACCAGGGUGCCUACCACGAGUCCGAGAUCAACUAUGUCCUGAAUAAUCUCUACGGUACGGACUUGCCAUGGACUGAGGAGGACUAUGCCAUUGCAGCCAAGAUGAACGGGUACUGGGUCAACUUCAUCAAGCAUGGUAACCCUAAUGGAGACAACCUUCCUGAAUGGCCCGCCGCGACUUCGGAUGAACUUGUACAGCAUGUUGGUAAUGGAUGGAGUAGUAUUCCUGUGGCUUCGCAUGCUAAGGUUGCGCUCUAUAAGUCCUGGUUUAGCUCCUUGCCUGCGUAUUAA